GGGCAAACGUGGACACACACACUACUAGAAGACAGAACAACCAGACUCACUGAAGGACUAUUGUGGACCGACAAAAUGAAAAGGAAUCACGAUUUUAGCUCCUCGGACAGCGAGCUGGAUGAGACUAUUGAGGUGGAGAAGGAGAGCGCCGAUGAGAAUGGGAACAUGAGCUCUCCUCUUGGGUCCAUGUCUCCCUCAACAUCUACUCAGGUGCAGGCGAGGAAAAGGCGUCGAGGAAUAAUUGAGAAACGGCGCCGUGACAGGAUCAACAACAGCCUCAGCGAGCUGCGCAGGCUGGUGCCCAGCGCCUUUGAGAAACAGGGCUCAGCCAAACUGGAGAAAGCAGAGAUUCUGCAGAUGACUGUUGACCAUCUGAAAAUGCUUCAUGCUGCUGGAGGCAAAGGUUAUUUUGACGCCCAUGCCUUGGCAAUGGACUACCGUGGUUUGGGUUUCAGGGAGUGCCUGGCUGAGACGGCCCGCUAUCUGAGCAUCAUUGAAGGCCUGGACGGUGCAGACCCUCUGCGGAUCCGCCUGGUGUCCCACCUCAACAACUACGCCAGUCAGAGAGAGGCUCACUCCGGCCUGAGUCACCUGGCCUGGGGCUCUGCGUUCGGGUCGCCUCCUGCCCACCUCACGCACCCCCUCCUGCUCCAGCACCAACAGGGGGCAACAUUGGCACCUUUACCCCGCAGCGCCACCAGCAGCCCACAAACUCCUCUAUCAGCUACAUCCACAUCUUCCUCCUCUUCUUGUUCUUCAUCCUCGUCCAGUGCAGAGACUCACAUCCCAGGCAGACGCAGCGGCAGCGCCACCCCUCACUCAGAACAGGGCCCGAUCCGGGUUUCCCCCACCUCUGCGGCUCCCAGCACCAUCCCACACCCUGCCUUGGUCUCAUCAGCGUCCAAGCUCUCCAAUCCUCUCCUCUCUUCCCUCUCGGCGUUCCCUUUCCCCUUCAGCGCCUUCCCCAUCAUCUCCUCCUCCACCGCCAUUAGCGCCCCGAUCCCAACAUCCAGUGUGGGCAAACCCUACAGACCCUGGGGCAUGGAGAUAGGAGCUUUCUGACUGAGAUGAAAAUGCUCCACACUAUCUACAAAUAGACUCUACUCACUACCUAGCUGAGCUGGACUUUCAAAGACAAGACUUUAUAUUUUCAAAUUAAGAAAGUAAUAUUUUUUUCUAUGAUGUUGACCUCCUGCAGAGGAUACUCCUAGCUCUAGGAUUUUCUUGCUAAUGUAUUGACUUUUGUAUAGAAGAGAAAAACAGUGAGAAGGGACACCACGACUUAAAAGCAACCAGAUUGAUUUAUUGUGAUUGAUCUAAGUUCCUGCCCCCCCUUUAGAAGUUUCACCCACUGUUGUCAGCCGAUCAGGAAUGGCUUUUCCAGAUGGUCAAGCAGUCGCCACCCGUCAAGUUCCUGGGUGAAACUGCCCCCCCCCCUCCCUUUGUUUGCCCUCUGCGUUGAAAAACCCUGUGUCGAUGCCCUGGUUACAUACAGCGAGGGGAGUGUGAAGGGAGGGCUCGAGGUGGUUGAGAGUCACCGCCUUUCUACAGCAUUUUAUGGGGUGGAAUAACCGAAACCAGGUGUUUGUUUGACUAAACACUGGAACAGAAGUUAGCUACCAGCUUGCUUCAUAUAAACAAUAUUUACCCACAACCUCUGAUGUUCAUGUGGUGCCUUUAUUGUUUAAGCUUUCCUCCCUAAGUAAUGUUUCCUUUCUACAGUAAAUCCUGUUCUUAACUGAGACUUCACACAUGUUUCUACCAGCUGUUCAGUUUUUGUAAUUUCUCACGAUGCCUGGGGGAUUUUUAUUACCUUGUCCACCAGUUGUUUUCUUGUUCCUGUUCAAAGUAGCAGGGUUAUCGACCUGUGUUUUCAACAGAGCUCAUUUGUAUCUGUCACAGUAGUUGCAGCAAAACAAGGCAAUAAAAUUCGGCCUUACACCUGAUGUUAUGGUCUCUCCUGCUUAAUAUCACUGAGUUUGUUAAUUUUAUGUUUGUACAAAGCACAAGCAAGCACUGACAAAUCCAAUAUUUCUCUUUUUAUAAGUUGUUGCUGGUGGUAAUGACAACUUCCCUGUAAUAAAAACAGUUAUGUUAAAUCA